AUGAAAUCGAUCAUCCUAGUCACCGUUAUUGGAUUAUGCGCUGCUGGCGCACUCUCAGCGUACGUUCCACAAUACCGGUACUACCAGGACAUAAGACCCAGAGCUGCGUUGGAAAGAAACGCUGCAAUCCUGAGGUCCGACUCCGAAGUAAACGACCAGGGCUACCACUAUGCCUUCGAAACAGAAAACGGUAUACAAGCCGAGGAGACUGGACGGGAAGCAAAUGGAAUUGAAGCUCAAGGUGGAUAUUCAUACGUCGGCGACGACGGUCAGGUGUACAGCGUGAGGUACACCGCCGGCUCGAACGGCUUCCAGGCGCAAGGUGCUCAUCUCCCCACCCCGCACCCUAUCCCCGAGGCCAUCGCUAGAGCUCUCCAAGAGAAUGCCAGAGAUGAAGCCAAUGGCAUUUAUGAUGACGGAAGCUACCAUCAGGGAAAAUAUACGGACGCUUCAGGAUCAGGGGUAGUCGUAGCGCGUAAUCGUUACAACCUUCCCUUCAGACAGUUCCCCAGCUCCGGUUUCAGGAACUAUUAA